AUGGGCCGGGAGUUGUUCCAGUACGCCGUCUUCCGCGACACCAUCGCGUACUUAGACCGGAUCGUCGCGAGCGUGUCCGCGUCCGCCGACAGACGGUGCUCAUAUCACUGGACAAUCGAGGAGGUCCUCCAGGACGUCGAGGACGACGAAGACUUUGUCAGCACCCCUGAGGUUGCGCAGACAGUGUGCACGGCACUGCAGAUUGGAAUCAUGGACCUCCUCGCGUCGUGGUCGAUCCGCCCUGCGGCCAUCACCGGGCAGUCCUCCGGGGAGAUGGCGGCCGCGUACGCGGCGGGUCGUCUGACGGCGGCCGAGGCGAUCAUCUCCGCCUUCUUCCACGGCCAGGCGGUCAGGACGAACGGGCACGAUGGGGCCCUGCUGGCUGUCGGGCUCGGCCUGCGCGAGCUGGAGGAGUCCGGGUACAUGCAGGGCUACGAGGAGUCCGUCACGGUCGCGGCGACCCAGUCUCCCGCGAUGCUGACCAUGGCCGGGGACGUUGAGGCCGUUGAGGGUCUCGCGACCAAGCUGACAGCCCGCAACGUUUUCAGCCGCGUCAUCCGCACCGGUGGCAAUGCGUAUCACUCCCGCCACAUGAUUGCCGUGGGGAGGAAGUACCAGGAGUUGGUGCGCCCUGCAAUGGCCAACGCAGCUGCUGAGGAACUAUGCGAACCAGCUCACCGAUCUGACCCGGUCCCUUGGUUUUCUUCUGUCUUGCCGCUAAAGGACAUGAACAACAUACCGGCCGAUGCGGAUUCCUAUUGCGCCAACCUCGAAUUGCCCGUCCUAUUCUUGGAAGCCGUUCAGCAGCUCGUCAAGACCGUUCCCGUCAACGCGAUGAUUGAGAUCGGCCCGCAUAGUGCUUUGCGCGUGCUUAUCAGCGAAUGCCUGGAACACGCCAAGUUCGCUGUUCCCGUGAUGGCCGCCCUGGAGCGCAACAAGGACGGUCAGGCGUGUCUCCUGAAGCUGGCGGGUAACCUGGUUGGCAUGAACUUGCCCGUCGACCUGGUCGCCGUCAAUGCAGCCAACGACUGGGAGGGGCGCGGUCUCCCCGUACACGGGUGCACAGCCGUCGAUAUGCCUCCGUAUCAGUACGCCUACGGGCCGAUCCUCUACCACAAGAGCGACUUCAGCAAAGGGGGCAGCUGGUGA